AUUUCAGAAGGGUUAGAGGGUAGAGAUUGAUUUCAGGUAGGAGGUACCUAUGAAUUGUAGAUGGUCCCUCCAAGCCCCUACUCUUGUUGUAUUCCCAGAAGUUCCUGAAAUUUUUAUGAGGGUUAGGGAAAACUGCCAAAUACUUGUGCUGCAGUUUUCUGCCUCAUUUUGGGGAGUAAAAAGUUUGCUUAAAGCUGUGUCACUUUUUUGAGGAAAUAAAUGAAUAUCAGAAAGUGGGGAGAGCUGCAAAUGCGGCCCUUAAGCAAACUUGGUCUCAUUAAACAAAUCAAUUGUCCCCAAUUGGUGUUUUUUUUGCCAGAAACUGGAAAUAAGUGUCAGAAAUCAGCAAAAAUAUUGCAACCCAUGGUCAUGUGACCGUAGCAUGCUGCAAUCAGCCAUAAAGGUGAGCUGGUUGCCAAGGGCCCAGAUGACCACAGGAAAUGGGACAGGUAUGUGUUGCCAUCAUAACUUCGAACCAUCAUUAAAGAGCCAGUUGUAAAUCAAGGAUUACCUGCAGCUGUGGAGCAGUAAUACGGCUGUCAGUGUUCAGGGGUGCUUGAAACCUUGAGGGAUUUUUUUUUUCUUUCAGGGGGCAGGCUGCUAAGAUUUGUCUACAUAAGACAGAGGAGAAGCCUUUAUUAGGAUUAUGCAAAGCACCCAAAAGACUCCUUUGCAAUGGAUGCUAGCACAAGGUGAUUCUUCAGUGCUAAAAGUGGCCAUUUCUUUCAGAAGCUUAUUGGGCUGUUUCAAAAACUAAUCCCAGCCGUCUGAGUAAGGAUGCACAGCCAUGGAGUUUUGCUGAUGGUUUGCACCACAAAGCUUGAGGAUGACUUUCAAAGCAGCCAUGCCAACCUUCCAAAAAACACUGACCGCUGAACAGGGAGUUGCUUUGCUUCUACUAAUGGGCUCUGCCCUGCCCUGCCCUCCUAGCUCUUCUAUCAAGCUAUCAAGUGAUUCCUCGUAAGCUCGGUCUUCACUUCCUAUGGCAAGAUGAAAUCAUGUCAUAGUCCAAGGGUACAUUACUUGCAGGGUCCCACUAUCCUUUGAUGCUUCUAGGUACACAAACUCCAUUUCACAUUGCUUUGCCCUAUUUUUCUCAGACUUCUUUGCCAUGGUGUAAAAAGGAUGCAUCACCUUAAACUGCGCUGUUUAACCUAGCUUUUUGUGACAUUUUUAGUGCUAGAGAUGUCUGCACGAAGUAUUAAUCACUUUUUAUUCAAGGGAAAAUUAUACGGAAUGACAUGUCUUUCUGGCUAAAAUGGAAAGAAAUACAUAUUUCAGUAUUUGGUUUUUUUUUCACAUUUUGUUUAGUGGAUUAGAAGAUUUCAGUAAAUUGAAAUCUAAAGAAAUAUUCCACAAAAAGUGGCCAAUGUCCUGAGAACUGGUAAAGGGCCUGAAACGAAUAGAGCAUUUCGCUGUUCUAAAAAAUAUCCUCAGCAACAUUCAAGACACACAAAUACUUUGGACGUAUUUCUUACAGCUUUACUUUGAAAACUACUGUAGACCAAUCAUAAUAGAGGGCUGUGAAAAUACAGACCCCUCACAUCCUGGACAUUCUGGACUGUUUCAACUCCUACCCUCAAAACUAUGCUACAGUGCACUCUGCACACCAGAACAACUAGACACAAGGGCAGUUUCUUCCCAAACGCCAUCACUAUGCUAAACAAAUAAUUCCUUCAACACACUGUCAAACUAUUUACUAAAUCUGCACUAUUAAUCUUCUCAUCGUUCCUGUCACCCAUCUCCUUCCACUUACGACUGUAUGACUGUAACUUUGUUGCUUGUAUCCUUAUGAUUUAUAUUGAUAUUCUUUCCUGAUUGCUUAUUUGUACCCUAUGACUAUCAUUAAGUGUUGUACCUUAUGAUUCUUGAUGAAGGUAUCUUUUCUUUUAUGUACACUGAGAGCAUAUACACCAAGACAAAUUCCUGUGUGUCCAAUCACACUUGGCCAAUAAAAAAAUUCUAUUCUAUUCUAUUCUAAUACUAAUUCUUAUUUCUCUUCUCUUCUCAAACUGCACAAACUGGAGGCUGAGCAUCCUUUAGGCGGGGCAAUCGCGGCAGAAGGCGGGACGCCCGGAAAGGGAAGCGAGUUGACUGAUCAACCCCAACAUUGCCACCUGCGGAUAAACCAUCGGCAAAGAGAGCGCGCCGAGAGACAGAGGUGCUGGGCUCCUCCAUCGGUCCGGACGGCUAAGUCCACUCGCCCUCAGCCAGAACCGCCCUGCAGUGUAGAGGAGUCGAAAGCAAUCCGCUUCUUUCCGCGAAAGCAAACCAGGCGUAGCUUUUACAGCCGGCGGCUUUGCCAUGUCCGCGAAUCCCGGCGGAGACCGGCGCGCCUUUGAAUGCGCGCUGCGCAACAGCCUCCAACACCUUCGGGACAAGUGGGAGCAACGGACGAGGCUAUGGAGAAAUACCGAUUGUGCCCCGGAGAAGCAGGAGGAGGAGGAGGAAGCGGAGGAAGCAAUAGGGAGGCAUGCGAGCCCGUCCAGCGCCCUGGAAACCCUGCCGAUAUAUGUGAAAUUAUACAUUAUGUCCUUUCUCACACCAAAAGAGCUGAUUUAUUUGGGAAGCACCAACCACUAUUGGAGAAUAACGGUCCAGGAUCCCUUGCUUUGGAGAUAUUUCUUCAUUCGGGAUCUUCCUUCUUGGAAUUCCAUAGAUUGGGAAUCCCUCCCAGAUGCAAAGAUAUUUAACCAGCCUUUUGCGGAGCUAGAUGAUAUUGGCCACAGCAAUUUCAUGGCAGCGUAUAAAAAAUGCUGUUCCUUCCAUAAACGUUUUUUGAAACCCAAUAGGACUACCUAUAGCACCUUGUCUUCUCUUCUACAGUCACUGAUCUCACAGACAGAGCCUUGCUUUGCUAUGUUUGGGCCUGGUUUGGAAGAUUUGGAUCAAUCUUUGGUAUACACAAUGAUGGCAAGCCCAGACAUUCUGCCGCUAGCUGGCAUGCCUUCUAGACAAAUACAGGGAAUAGGCUCUGGAGUCUCAUUUAAAUUGAAUGACCAGAAGUUUAACAUUCUGACACUGUAUUCAAAAACUAGAAAAGAAAGGCAAAGAGACAAAACAGAUACAAAUUCCAUCAAUAAGAUGUUCUACGAAGUGAGCCAUGUGGAUGGGACAACACAAUAUAAGCUAAUUGAACAUGUUCAGAAUGUGUGCAGGCUAGCCGAUGGAUUCAUCUACGUUGCAGAUGCGGAGGACAAUAAAGGACACAAUCGCCAAAUUGAAUUUGCUCGGAUGUCAGCAAUGCUUGAUCCCACACUUGGGCCUUCGACCAGACCUCUGUUGAUUUUGUCUUGCAUUUCAUGUGCUUCAAAGGAAAGGAUUCCUUGUGUUUACCUGGCACAUCAGCUGCAACUAAACCUGCUUGACCGACCAUGGAUGGUUCAGGACAUCGAAGCUGCCACACUGGUGGGACUGUUGGAUGGAAUUCAGUGGCUCCUGGAACAUGUCAAACAUUAAAAUCCAUAAUAAUCAAGUCAGUUCUAAUAAAAAAUUAUCUUACAUGGCCAAAUAUGAUGAGGGUAUCAUUUAUCUCAGUUAGUAAGAGCUGGAAAAUCUUCCUCAAGUUUUAAUGGAGACAUGGAAAUAAGGAAAGAAGAUUAUGCAAUGACAAAUGUAAUUCCUUUACAUACAGUCUUCACGGUCACUCAUGCUCUCGUUACCUCUCGUCUGGACUAUUGCAAUGCUCUCUACAUGGGGCUCCCCUUGAAGAGCACCCGGAGACUUCAGCUAGUCCAGAAUGCGGCUGCGUGGGUUAUUGAGGGAGCGGUUCGGAGCUCCCACGUAACACCUAUCCUGUGCAGACUGCACUGGCUACCUGUUGUUUUCCGGAUGCGCUUCAAGGUAUUGGUUACCACCUUUAAAGCGUUCCAUGGCUUAGGACCGGGCUACUUACGGGACCGUCUACUGCCGGCCUCUAUCUCCCAGCGUCCGGUGCGUUCCCACAGAGAGGGACUCCUCAGGGUGCCGUCAGCCAAACAGUAUCAACUGGCGGCCCCCAGGGGGAGGGCCUUCUCUGUGGGGGCUCCUACCCUGUGGAACGAGCUUCCCCUCGGGCUUCGACAACUACCUGACCUUAGGACCUUUCGCCGCGAACUUAAAACCUAUUUAUUUUGUAUGGCUGGACUGGCCUGAUUUUAAACUCGAAAUCUUAAAUUUUAAUUGAAUUUUGAUGGGUUUUAAAUUUCUGUAAUUUUAUGCGGUGUAAUGUAUUUUAAAUUUUUGGCAAAUUUGAAUCAGUUUUUUAAGGGUUGUUUUAAUUAUGGUGUAUUUUUCUGUUUGUAUUUUAUUUGCCUGUUC